AUGGUCAACCACAAAGAUAUCGAAUCAGCAAUGAUUGAUGUAAUCAAAGUCGCAUACAGCCAAGCAAAAAAACGUGCACCAAAUGAGGAAACCUAUAAUGAAAGAAUGGCAGAUUUCAAGGAUUGGUAUAAUGAAGAAAUAUAUACCAGCUUAGAAAUACUAUAUAAAUUAUAUCUUAAACUUGCCAGUCAAGAAGAAAAAGUGGAAAAGCGAUCUAAAGCGGAACGAUCUGUUCCAGCCAUACAACAACAGAAGUUAGUUCGCAGUGGUACCACAGCUGUACGGCACAAAAAUACAAGGCAGACAAGGCGACGGGCCACUUCAAGAGUGAGUGGGAAACUGACUAAAAAGGCCAAUUUUGCAGUAAGGUCUGAGGAUGAAGAAGAAUAUUACUCUGAUAGCUCGUCACCAACUUCUGAAGAAUCGGAAGAGGAAGACUCUAGGAGAAAGCGGGUCUACAAUUCAUCAGAUCAAGAAGAAAUUGACUCUGAAAACAAUUUACCUGCAACUCAAAAAAUAUUCCGGGCAUCUUCUAAGUCAAUGGUAGAAGCGAUGGUUAAAGAAUGUCCCAAACCUAUUUUACCAGAAAUUUUAGAUUAUUUGGGUAAAGUAUAUAACGGUUUGAAGGAUAAGCUUCUAGUUAAUUUUGCAUCGAAAUAUUCCUCCAAGGAGAAAGAAGCUAAAGACCCUGAUGAUGUGGCGACAAUAUGCUGUAAGGUUGCGUCAAUGACGAUUCCACAUGCAUUGAUCGAUUCCGGUUCUAAUGACUCACUUAUUUCUGAUGAUAUUGCAGAAGACAUGGGACUUAAAAUAGAUACAUCGAAUACUCCACGCAUUACUGGUGUUGCGAGCAAGGCUAACGUUUUAGGAACAUCAUAUAAUGUACCUGUGUCUAUUAGCGACGGAAUAAAUACAAUUUCGGUAAGUGAAAAGUUUUCAAUUGUUAAAGCUGAAAAAAAUAGAGAUGGAGAUUGCAAGUCUCUAGUUCUAUUUGGCAACCCUUUACUCAACAAGCUUGGAUGGGAACCUAUUGUUAAUCGAGAGUUUAAGGCGACCCGCAAUGGUGUGCAUGUUACAAUUCCACUUUCGGUACAUAAAUCCCAGCGCGAGGUUUUUACAGCAGAAAACUUGGACAAUAUUUCAGUGGUACCAUCGCAGAAGGCUUUCGUCAAUGAUUUAGAAUUAAAAAAAAAUUGA